CGACAGGAGAGCACACACGCCACACACCUUCCUCUUCCGCGUAUCCACUACGUACAGAACCCUUACGCAUGCACACAAUCCACCCAGUCGAUCGAUCGAUUGGUCAGUCAAUCGAUAGACAAAAAUUCCCUCCACUCACGGGUCGCAUGGUUCACCAUUGCCGCUGCCAGUGUGAGUGUCGCCGUCCGCCUCCCUGUCAGCGUCGCUGCCGCCCUUGUCAGUGGCAUGGUACUGCCCGCUGCGCUCCUCAGCUGCCCCACUGAAGCGCACAUCGAUGGCGGCCUUCCUAGACUUGAGGAGGCAGAACUUGCAGGCGAAGCAGGCGAAGAGGGGGAUGGCCGCCAGGGUGUAGUUGUAGAAGACGGGAUCGCUGUCGGGGUUGCCUUUGAAGUACACAAACAUGCUCGGGCCCUUGAUACCAAGGUCAACACCUGUUAGUCAGCACACACAGACACAUACAAACAGACACGCAUGGAUAUCAUCUACCUCUCUUUUCGUAUACCCCUAUCUCUCUCUGCCUGUCUGCCCGACGCACCUGUGAAUAUGGCGAACAUGGCUAGAAUGAGGCACCAGAGCAGCAGCAGCACGGAGCACCACACUGUCAGCGCCCAAUCCUUGAACAGCAGCGACCAGGCCAAAAUAGCCGCCCCGCACAGGCACACGGCCGUCACGAUGUCGUCCUCCCAUCCGGGCGGCCCCGUGCCGUUGAGUGUGGGGACGAACAUCAUGAAGCACCAUACUCCAGUAAAGCCCGCCAGCACGUUGAACAGGCCCUGGCAACAGGGGUGCCGCUUCUCGCGGCCAUAGUGCAGCAUCGCUGCCGUGGUCGGCUGGUUGGCCUUGUGAGUGGCGUAGGCGAGGAUAGCCAUGCAGAAGGCGGCUAUGAGGUACAGCACCAGGUCCAUGUAGCUCGUCUCGUUGUCAUUGUUUUGGUCGUAGUCCAUCGUCACCAGUAUCAUCCAGCCAAACAGGUUGCCCAGGUACACCAGCGAGGCCACCGUGUACACCGUGGCAGUCACAGACGCUCGCCUGCACACAACAAUUGGCACACAAGGACGGCGCAGAGGAGAACAAGCAAUAUGUGUGUGUGCGUGACAGUGCUGCGACCACCUGAGAGAUGGUAUGCAUCCGCUGCCGGCGAUGAGGGCUCCGACGAGGAAAAAGACGAAGUGAUAAAUUCUCCAGCCGGCGAAGCCCAGCGCCAGCUGAAUGAUGCCCAGCACGAGCAACGCCGCACCUGUGGCGAUGCUGCCAGCCCGAAACAGCACCUCGCUGCUGCAGGUACAGGCCAUGGUGUCUGACAGGGCCUGUUAUAUUCUCCCCGUCCCGCUUCC